CUUAAUCAAGAGUCUGCGUUUAAGAGUGGGUUACAUUGCGCAAGAAUAGUUAAGCUCACCCACCGUUGAGACAAAACCCACUCCCACCAAACCAAGAGUGGAAAAGUAGACUUGAAGUUCAGUUUGGAAAGUUUUUCAUUCAUGAUAAGUGAGAAAAAAAAAUUCUCAAUUCUCAAUAUAAAUUCAAUUUGGAAUCAAAAUCAUUACCUCAUGUUUAUGUGUGUGUAAGUGUAAACAAUUAACUUCAACAAUCAAGCCUGAAGGAAAAUAUCACCAAUCAUCUUGUCAAUCAAGUGUAUCAACAAUUAACUAAUCAAUUCAAUCAGAUUUACACAAAAACAGGAACAACAAGCUAAUUGUUCAAAAGUGUUUUCAAUCAUCACCAUGAAGUUACUCUGAAUGAAACUUUUUCUUGAGUGAGAAAAAACUUUCAUCUGUGUUUCUAGAAUAAUGUAUCACUUACCAAAUCAACUUCCACCCCACCUUCCACCUCUACCACCACCUAAUCAUCCACAUCAUCUUAAUCAGCAUCAUCACCAUCAAAAGCAACAACGACAACAACAACAACAACAACAUCAUCCUCAUCACCAACAACACAUUUAUGACAAUGACGGUAGUGUACCAGUUUUUUACCGUUAUCAAUAUGAUAGUGACUAUAAUUCAAUAAUAAAUUCAAAAAACAUGGUCACCUCAUCAACCUCAUCCGAUGGGAUUAAAAAAGAUUCCGGAUUAAUACAAAUUUUAUCCUCAUCUUCCCAUGAUAAUAAUAAUUCAUCGCCUCUUUCCUCAUCAACACCCUCACCUUCACCACCAUUAGGUAUGCUAAUGGGUCCUGGUGAUGAUUGUCUUACCGGUGGUAAUUCAGCUCCUGGUCAAUCAAUACUCACACCAAAGGAAAAUACAUUAUCCUUUAUUUAUCCACUGGUGUCAUUUAUUUUUUCCACCCUCAAUGUAAUCAUUAACACCUUACUAGUUUACCUGUUUUACCUUGAAAAUCAGCAUACAUGGUUCAUUUUGACUUCGACAUUUUUAUUUAUUCCACUUUUACUGGUAAACAUAUUCAGUAUCAAAUGGUAUAUUCAAGAUUAUCGUCAAUAUAAAAAUGAACCUUGUCGACCAAGGUUAACAUCAUUUCAAUGGAUCAUCAAAAUAUUUGCUCAUCUUUUGCUGAUUGGACACAUCUUUAGAUAUUUGGAUCUAAUAUUUUUUAUCUACAAAGCUUAUCACUUGAAAAGAAAAGAGGAAAGUAAAAAAUGUAAAGAGGAUUUUUACCUGAGUAUAUUACAACAAUCAGCUAAUUUAACAAACAAUUCAACAAUUAACAGUAAACCAAUUAAGGAACCAUUGGAAUCAACUGAGUAUUACAAUUACUAUCUUUUAACAAUUAAUGAAGAUCGAGAUACAGCUUUAUUAUCACUAAUUAAAAGCUUCUCCCAAUCAACACCAAUUAUAAUUAUCCAAAUUUAUAUAAUCGCUUCAAUAACAACGACAACAACAAUACCCCAAUCAAUACUUAAUCCAACAACAAUUAACACUCAAUUAACAGGAAACAAUUUAUCCCUACAAAGGACAAUUGUUAUGGUUCAAUUGGCCUCAAUAUUUACCAGCUUAAUACUGACCAGUUGGUCAUUAGCAUCUUACCAUCGAGCCCUGAGAAGGUCAAUACCGGAAAAGGAUAACAUGUCACCCACCGGUGUAAUAUUAUCCUUCCUGUGGAGAUUGGGAACACUUACCUGUCGAACCAUGUCAAUUGGUCUCUUUAUAUCAACUUACUCUUAUUGGUUAUUACCAAUAGCCAUUGGUCAUUGGGGUAUAAUGACCAUUUGGGUUAUGCAUCAGGGAACUUCAUUCUGUCGCCAUGAACAAUCUGAAUACCUUUUUAACAUGAUACUCGGUGUUUUAUAUCUGUUUGAAUUUCUCAAUAUAAAAGAUGAACCCACUCGGUAUAAAUAUACUGCUUAUUAUAUUAUCCUUUUAAUUGAGAAUCUUUUAUUAACUGGACUUUGGUUUAUCAAGGUGACCACUCAUGAAUCACCAAUCCAUCAUCUCUCAGCGUUAAUCCUUUAUGCCGGACUGACCAGUGCCUUUGCUCUUGGUAUUGUUUUCAUGUUAAUCUAUUAUCGGUUUGCUCAUCCCAAUGGUAAAUUACUUUGGAUUAAUAAAGCAGCUAAAUGUUGUUGAUAUGGACAAAAGAAACAGAGAGAUUAACUUUAAUUGUUUACAAUUAACCAAAAUUAACAACUAAAAAAUAGACAAAUCAAUCAAUUGUUCAAUCUGAUAUCAUGGAUUCAAAUGUGAUCAUUUAAUUGUCAUCGUGAACGUAAUUAAAGUGACAAUUUUUGUCUUGUUGUGGUUAAUUAGUUGAUUGUAAUACAAAAAAAAUGAAAACGAUUGUGAUUAACAAAUUAAUACAAUUAAUAAGCAUUAAUUGUGAUUAUCAUUUAUAUGGUUUUAAUCAUUUCCAACGCUUUUUGCGUUUUUGCUGUUAAUUGUAAACAAUUAAGGAGCACACAUGAUUUUCAAUGUUUAUUGUUUUCUUAAUUGUUUUCCUGAUUAAUCUUGUCAGUUGGAUUUUGUUGUUAUUAUUUAACAAUACGAGAUGUAAUUAACUGAAUCAGCAAAAAUCGCAAGGGGAAAAUUAAUGAUUAACCUUUUUUUUGCCACCAUAAUGAGUAAUUAACUGGCACAAUUAAGAUGAUGCAAAGUAAUCAGGAUAAUUUCAAUUGAGUUAAUAUUUGAUUGGAAAUUAAUUAACCAUGGAAAAUGGUUAAUUGUCUCAAUUAAAUCAAUCAGAUUAACAUUUAAAAUCAAGUCAUUUUUACCUUGUUUUUCAUUUUAUUUUGUAAAUUAACUAAUUAACCACCCGACCGAUAAACAUCAUUGCCAAUCAUGA